AUGGCUGGAACAAGCAACGACUUUCAAGACGGCGCGCCGUUCUACCUCGACCCCACCCAACAAGACCUCCUGCUUGCCGCUCUUGCCUCGAACAACCAGAACCCACUCGACAUGUUCUCGACUGGAAUGGAUAACAACACGAAGCGCUCCAUGAGCAACGCGCAGUACCAAUACCCCAUCGACGCUCUGGACCCUACCUUCUUCACGACACCACAACAGACUACUCCUGCCAAUGCCCUCAAUGCUGGCAUCGAGGAGAGUCCGUUCAUCGACUACCUCGACGGCGAUACCACUUUUGACUUUGACAAUGCGGAUAACAGCGAACUUAUGAUUGGCGAUCUGCCAGGAGAGACCCCAGGGAACUAUGACGAUUCCAACGAGAAGAGGAAGAGCCCGGACGACGACGACGACGAUGACGACGAAGGUGGUGGUAAGCGGAGAGAAGGUGACGAUAAGCAAGCCAAGAAACCAGGACGCAAGCCAUUGACAUCAGAGCCCACAACGAACCGGGCAGCUCAGCGAGCUUUCAGGGAACGAAAAGAGAAGCACCUAAAAGAUUUGGAGACGAAGGUCCAGGAACUUGAACAAGCCUCGGAUGCUUCAAACCACGAGAAUGGCCUUCUUCGCGCUCAAGUGCAGCGCCUGCAGACGGAACUUCGCGAGUACCGGAAACGCCUGUCACUCAACAGCACCGGAGUGGUUCGCCCGCAAGCACCCGCAUCUGGCUUCAGCACCAUGUUAAACAAUGGCAAUGGCAACUUCCAGUUCGACUUUCCCCAUUUCGGUGCGCCAAAUAGCCAACUCCCUAACAAUGCUACUCUUGCGAGGAUAAAUCCUUCGGCUGUUUCCGCCGGGGCGACGGCUCGACACAACAGUCUUGAGCAGAGUGUCAGUCCCACACGACAGAGCAACGGCUUCAGCACACAGGCUUUCCUGCCUACAAAGGCUGCUCCUGCGUCAGCGGGCGCUCAACGAUCUGGUAGUCUGAACAGCUCGUCGAGUUCCAAUCACACAACACCUAAGCGCAGCAGUACUGACAGUUCUAAUACAACACAAUCGCGUGUAUUCCAGUUCAACAGCAGCUCGUCCACGCAUUCAGGCUCGCCCUCUGUUUCGUCCACCUCUCCUGCCGGGCCAGACUCGUCAUGCGGUACGUCGCCAGAGCCCAGUCACACAUCGCCUGGCCAGCUGAAGGACACAAUUGCAGAUGGAUACGUGUGUCAUGGCAAUUCCGAAGGUGAGGUCCUUUUCUGCGAAAAACUCAACAUGGCCUGCGGAAACCCUCGUAACCCCGUGCCCCGUGCAAUGUCCAGAUCUGACGACAAACCCUCUCCUGCAGCAGUCCCAAAGGCCUUAUCACCUGCGCCCACCGCCGCCGCCGCCGUCAACGGUAUCGAUUACUUUGCGAAUCAGAACGGCGGCCAUUUCGAUCCCACGCUCUUCGGCGAAUAUCGCGAUACGCAGAACGCUAUUGUGGGCGACGGUGACUUUACCGGCGGCUUCUUCAACGACGCAUUCCUCAACACGGGCUACGGGAGUCCGUUCCACUUUGGCGAUACGCCCGCAGUGCAGAAGCCGAACCCAAUGGAGCUGAUUGAGCGCAUCCAAGACGGCGACGAGGAAGUCGUGCCCGGCGAAGACAUCAACUCGAUGCUCAACUGCCACAAGAUUUGGGACAAGCUGUCGAGUCGCCCAGACUUCAAGGACGGCACAAUCGACAUCGACAACUUGUGCUCCGAACUCCGCGCCAAGGCUCGCUGCUCCGAGAGCGGCGUCGUCGUCGACCACAAGGACGUCGAGGCUGCGCUUAAACGGCUGCCUGCUGAUAGACUCCCUCCUUCACUGCAAUGA